UACAAAACACGCGAUAGGAGUGCAAGAUAGAGGAAAUGAUAAGCAAGCACUACCGUGUGUGCCAGGAGGUGCUGGAGCGCUCACGGGAUGUCGUGGACGGAGUCAACGUGUCCCUGCGCCUGUGGGACACGUUUGGAGAUCACCACAAAGACCGGCGCUUUGCUUACGGGAGGUCGGACGUGGUGGUGGUGGUGUGCUUCUCCAUCGCCAGCUCCAACUCGCUGCGCCACGUGCGCACUAAGUGGUUCCCCGAGAUCAAGCACUUCUGCCCCCGCACGCCCGUGCUGCUCGUCGGCUGCCAGCUCGACCUCCGCUACGCCGACCUGGAGGCUGUGAACCGCGCACGCAGGCCGCUCGGCCGCAAGAGGCGCGCGCGCUCCCGGGGCGCUCCCGGGCCGCGCUCCCAGCAACGGCUGGCGGGGCCGUUUGUGAGGGGGCCGAGGGAGCCGACGGAGGGAGCCGAUGGAGCCGAGGGGGACGACGGGGCCGGGUGA